GUAUCAACAGUUGGUAGCACUGGUGAAGUCUUGAAACAGAAGAAAACAAUAUCACCAAGACGAUCCAGUAAGAACAAACACAUGGAAAACGUAUCUUGUCAGGUGUGUGGAGACAUGGCUGCAGGUUUCUACUGUGGGGCUUUCAUUUGUGAAGCUUGCAAGAAAUUUUACAUGAGAGCUUACAAAGCAAAGAUAAAUUGA